UUUAUGUGCACCAGUACCCAGUGCUACCAGAAUGGCUGUCUCAGUACUUCGGCUAACAGUUGUCCUGGGACUGCUUGUCUUAAUCCUGACCUGCUAUGCAGAUGACAAACCAGACAAGCCAGACGACAAGCCAGACGACUCAGGCAAAGACCCAAAGCCAGACUUCCCCAAAUUCCUAAACCUCCUGGGUACAGAGAUCAUUGAGAAUGCAGUCGAGUUCAUCCUCCGCUCCAUGUCCAGGAGCGCAGGAUUUAUGGAAUUUGAUGAUAAUCGAGGAAAGCAUUCAUCAAAGUGACAUCCUCAGGACACACCUAUGUGGCUCCUGGACAAUCCAAGAGCAGCCAAAUCCUGCUUUUCCGGUUCUGCUUCACAAGUCCUCCAGGACGGAGCAACUCCCAGCGAGUUCUCAGGAUUCAGGCUCUUGCUUCAACCAAACAAAACUCAUUUUGAACACUCCUACUGCAUUUUUGCCUCUAGAAAGUUAGAAUAAAUAUGAGCUUUGGGAUCACCUAGUUGAUGGAGA